CAUGAUAAUAAUGUCUACAGAGCAACCAAAUUGUUCAGAAAGUACUGAAUCUAGCUGCAACUCUUCUUCUUCUUCGUCGCCCUCAUCGCCAUCUUUUGUUCUUCUUCAACCACUUCCGCAAAUCAAUUCGAAAAAUCGACUCAAAAGAUGUAGGGGAGAAGAAGUAGAAGAACAAAACGAAGUCGUUAAUAAUGCAAAUCCAAAGAAGAUCAGUAAAAACAACAAUGGUGGUAGUACUGAUGUUUCGUAUGUAGGUGUACGAAUGAGAGCAUGGGGUAAAUGGGUAUCCGAAAUCCGUGAACCUAAAAAGAAAUCACGGAUUUGGUUGGGUACCUUCGCUACCCCGGAAAUGGCGGCGCGUGCUCACGACGUCGCCGCCAUGUCCAUUAAAGGUUCCUCAGCUAUACUCAAUUUUCCCCAAUUUUCUCAUUUAUUGCCUCGACCCGCCACGUGCUCCCCACGUGACGUCCAAUCCGCCGCCGUAAAAGCCGCUCACAUGGAUCACCUAAACCCAAAAUACUCUUCGUCGCCCGAAACCCCGCCAGCAUCGAUGACGUCAUCGUCAUCGUCGCUGUCGUUGGUUUCAGGCAUUACGUCCUCCUCGUCGUCCUGUGAAAAGGACGACGAGGAGUCAAGACCGUCGCCUCUGGAAGAAGUUUUUCUUGUACCGGAGGCGACGGGGCAGCUGAGUGAGAUAGUGGAGCUGCCGAAAUUGGGAUCGAGUUAUGAAUUGGUUGAGUCAACUCAGAGUUUAUUCGAAUCAGAUGAAUGGUGGGAUAAUAAUUAUGGAAAUUGUGAAUAUUAUUUUGGUCAAGAAAAUUAUAUUAGUAAUAUGGAAUUUACAGGAUUAGAAAAUGUGGUCUCAACCAGUUUUGAGAGUUUUUUAUGGCAACAUUAGAAUAAAAAAAAUAAUGUUGUU